AUGCCCCACUCUGUUCUAUCCACCUGCGUGUCUACUCAGAAAACCAUGGACACACUGCCAAUAAUCAACUAUCGCCUCGUCGACUUCGACACCGGACUCCAUCGUCGGCAGAUGGAAUGUUUCGAGUAUCACUGGGGACUGAAGAAGGGAGAACUUGAUCUAUCCUCGCCACUAAACCACAUCCAACUUCGCAGCGAUAUGGCCGAACGCAUGAACGAUGCUGACUGGACCAUCCUUCCCACUAAGAAGACUCUCGACGCCAUGAUUGCCUUGUCGGACUUCAACAAGACGGUGGACGUGGAUAAGAGGAAGCGCUUCACCGAAGAACUACCCGAACAAGAAUACGAAUACGACUUUCUGCCCAUGUACAUAGCCAAGCGAGAGCGCCCGCUGCUAUAUCUCAAACGAGGCACGACCACCAGGACGAUCAAGAGAGCGUAUUCGAAGAUGCCCCGUAUCAGGUCGCGCGCGCAUCCCCUCUUCGUUAUAUUCCGCACCCACAACCACAUCAUCUCUGGCUACUCUUCUAUGCCGGAUGCCAAGGCCGACCGGCUCUCGCGUACAGUGCAUGCCAUCCUUCGGCGCUGGCAAUCACAACCCCCUCCCGAGUUUCUCGUAGGUCCCGACGUCUGGCAAAAACAUCGUCACCCCUGGAGCGACGACGGGUUCGUUGCACGCGCUCUGCUCAGCACUUGCGCGCCCACAGAUGCGAAGCGGCCGGUGCGGCGUGUUCGGAAGACCACCCGUGCCCCUGCACCCCAGCCGAAGUCUCGUCAGGACGGGCCCUCCGUAUAUGAUUACAUACGUCAGCCACCACCCCACCCCAAUUCCCCUGCACUUCCUCGCAGCGUCCACGCUUCAGAAUCCGCGUCCACUACUAGCGACGCCGAGGUCCAUACUCGUGACUUCUCGCCCGCCGAUCUACGCCAGUGGUUGGAUUCCAUCAGUCCCCCUCCCAAUACCAAGACAAAGAUCCCAUCGCCUCCCUCUUCCAGAUGCGACGCUAUCCUCACCCGCUAUCGCGAGGAAUCGGCACGCGACCCUGCCCGGGUUCGCCUCACCACUCGGUUUCAGGACGGCGGGUUGGUUAGGGGACGCGAAUGCAUUCGCGACCGCUCCAUCUUCUGCAGCAACGACUGGGCGAAACAUAACUACGAGGCCUGCCUCUGGUCCUCCACCGCGCCCCUCGCCACCGACGUCGACCUCAUCCCAUAG